AUGAAUUGCGAUCCUGACCCCCCCUUUAUAACCGACGGAGAUAUGCAAGCCCUCGCACCAUUGCUGCCAGAUCUCCAAAAGCUGGCAAAUAAGGAAUCCAACUGCGCAGCAUUGCUCCCUGUAGCAGAGGGCGACAACAUCAUGGAUGCAUUCUUGGAGGCCCUCCUUGCCCUUUUCUCGAAUGCCAAGCAGAUAAAGGUGGAAAUGCAAGCGACCUUGCGUGGCUUCCCUCGACUUUUGCGGCUCGCAAGCCAUCUGGAUUUGCCGGUAGGCCUGACCUUGAAUCUGCCACGCCCAAGCUGGCAACUUGAGGAGUUUUUGGGCUGGAGAUUUGGGAGAGAAAAUGGCACUUCAAACUUCACUCUCCAUCUGGAGAAGAGCGCCUUGUGCUUGUACCGCCACAUCAUACAAAGUGCCACAGCUCACGACCUCGCGUUUCUCAGAAUCACAGCGGGGAAACAGACCUUGCCCCUGGAUGUUGAGGACAUUGUUUCGGCGUUCAGGACUCACAAAACCAUCAGGACACUCAUCUUGGAUUGGACUCCUUGGCAGUCGGGCGAUCCGUCGGAGCCACAUCCAAAGACCGCCAGUUUUCCGCUGCGCAGCUAUUUCUCGCUCAAAGGCCUCCAAAAUCUCCAACACUUCACGGUAAGCUCGCGUGUACUCAAGGCAGCUCUGAUGGAACCGUCCAGUGGCUCUUUCGCUCACAUGCUUCCCAAGUCACUGAAAAUGCUGUUUAUUUCUGGCGAUUGUGAGGAUUGGCAAAUUGCCGCGCUACAUGACCUGGUCCGAGGCAAGCAUCUGCCCAACUUAUCCCGCGUUGGGGUCGGCAAGAUUGUUGGAUGGGGGGAUUUGCUGCUAGAGUGCCAUCGUGAGAUGAGAGCCGCUGAGAUUGAAUUUCUGAUCAAUCCUUGA